AUGGAACCUUUCCAAUAUCCCCUACUCUACCCGCAAGGCACUGUGGGAUGGCACGUUGGUCGCCUUGACAACAAGGGUGCCAAACUAACUCAAUUUAAGUACUCGCGGUGCCUCCUACUUUCGGAACCUCGCUUCUCUCACCUAGGCCGUCUCUCACAAGCUUGGCAGGUUGAGAUGUUCGCGAGAUACGAGGAGGAGAAACUGCGUUAUAUUAAGUUUACGCAGCUGAAGAAUACCGAUAGUGCCUUGCGGGUAGGGCCGGUUGACGAGAUUCGGAAUGCACAGCAGGUCUUGAACGACAUCGCUGGUGAUGAAACCGUACAAGGCGAGGGCGGGGUGCAGGCAGGAAAAGUCUACCUCCCAAGUUCGUUCACCGGGGGACCCAGGUACAUGAAAGUAAAAUACGAAGACGCUAUGGCAAUAGUAUCGCGCCUGGGUUCCCCCACUUUCUUUUUGACGUUUACGUACAACGCGACUUGGGAGGAAAACAAGAAAGCUUGCCCUCGUGGAGGUACUCGCAGUGACCCUAGCACUGCUUGCAGAGUUUUUAGAAUUAAACUUCUGGAACUUCUCCGAGACCUGCGCAGCGGAGCAAUGUUCGGACGCUCUGUCUAUAUCGUCUACGUCAUCGAGAUGCAAAUGAGGGGCCUUCCUCACGCCCACAUUGUUUUCAAGAUUGACGGAGACGGACCAGUUCAGGCGUCCGAAAUUGACUCCAUCAUCCGCGCGGAUAUUCCCUCGGAAGAAGAGGCCGGAGGCCGACUGAGGAAGUUGGUCCUAAAACACAUGAUUCACGGUCCAUGUGGUAAUGAUCAUAGGACUGACUUCCUCUGUUGGGACUCUGCAAAGGGUUACUGCACCAAGUACUUCCCCAAGCCCUGCUGUGAAACCACCCACGUCGACGAGAGGGGAUUCGUCCAGUAA